GCCAAAAAAAAAAGAGGAGGAGGAAGAGGAAGAGGGCAGAGAGAAGCGCCCGGACCGCGGGCAGCCCCGGGCAGCAGCGGAGCGGCCGUCCCGUCCCACUCCCAGCAUGUUCCAGUGGAAGAAGACCAUCUACAAAACAGUCUGCCUGUCCUUCUUGCUGGUGAUCACAGUGACGGUGCUGCAGCGGGGAAUGGCCCCCAGCCAGUUCAUGCCGGGCCAGCAGCAGAAAGAGCCGCCCCCAACGGAGCCCCUGAAGACGCAGAAGAGAGACAACUCCUUCCCCAUGACCAGCACCUUCUGGAAGAGCAAGAAGGAGAAAGCUGCUGUGAAGGAGGAGGAGAGCGCGAUGGCAAAACCAACAAAGUCCUGGGACGUCACCACUACCAACUGCUCAGCCAACCAGAACCUGAGCAAAGUGGACUGGUUCAAAGGGCUGGAGCCCAACUUCCAGCAGUUCCUGCUCUACCGGCACUGCCGCUACUUCCCCAUGCUCAUCAACCACCCCGAGAAGUGCGGCGGGGGCGUCUACCUGCUCAUCGUGGUCAAGUCCAUCAUCACGCAGCACGACCGCCGCGAGGCCAUCCGGAGGACCUGGGGCCAGGAGAAGGAGGUGGACGGCAAGAAAAUCAGGACACUGUUCUUGUUGGGCACGGCCUCCAAGGAGGAGGAGAGAGCCAACUACCAGAAGCUGCUGGAUUACGAGAACCACAUCUACGGGGAUAUCUUGCAGUGGGAUUUCCUGGACAGCUUCUUCAACCUCACCCUCAAAGAGGUCCAUUUCCUGAAGUGGCUGAACAUCUACUGCGACGACGUCCGCUUCAUCUUCAAAGGCGACGACGACGUGUUUGUGAGUCCCAGCAACAUCCUGGAGUUCCUGGAGGACAAGAAGGAAGGAGAGGACCUCUUUGUGGGGGAUGUCCUCUAUAAGGCCAGGCCGAUCCGGAGGAAGGAGAACAAGUACUACAUCCCCAGCGCCCUCUACAACAAAAACAACUACCCGCCCUACGCGGGGGGUGGCGGCUUCAUCAUGGAUGGGUCGCUGGCCAAGAGGCUGCACAAGGCCUCGGAGACGCUGGAGCUGUACCCCAUCGACGACGUCUUCCUAGGGAUGUGCUUGGAGGUCCUGAAGGUAUCACCUGUUGGGCAUGAGGGCUUCAAAACUUUUGGCAUUGUGAAGAAUAAGAACAGCAAGAUGAACAAGGAGCCGUGUUUUUUCCGGGGUAUGUUGGUGGUUCAUAAACUGCUGCCUCCGGAGUUGCUCCAAAUGUGGGACUUGGUCCAUAGUAACUUGACGUGCUCGAGAAAACUCAACAUCCUUUAGCUCAGUCUCUCUGGAGAGCUGGGACUGGAGGGAUCAGGACAACCAGUCCCUGCUCCGGGAGGGGGAUGAGCCUCUGCUGGUGGCACACAAAUCUUUCGGGGGCAUCUCCGUCCGGGGCAAGGAGGGCAGAGAGAGACACUGUGCUCGCAGGCAGGGUUUGUGAUACUGUUUGAUUCUGUACUGUAACUGGUUCACUUAUCUCCAGCUGGGUUGGGGGUUGCUGAAAAAGAAGAGGGUGGGGGAAAAAAAGACAAAAAAAGCAAACAACUAAUCUAAGCACCAAAUGAAGAGAGAGAGGGCAGAGGGGUUUGUGCUCUGCCUUAGGUACUACCUCCAUGUGACGAGCAGCGAGUGGGGGGAGACAGGGAGGGAUGUGGCAAGGGCAUUUUUGGGAUGUUCAGGGGAAGCAGCACUGGAAGGACCUGAGUGGUUCACUAGUGCGUGAGCUCCCCCAUGAGUCAAAAGUCAAGGGAGUUUUGUUGGUUAUCUCAGAUUUCUGCUCUGUGCAAGGUUUCAGUGACAUUAACCCUGUGUGCAUUGGGUUCACCCCUGCCCAAAUCCCCACUGCACAGCUGGGAAAAGGGGCUCUCCUCUGAGGCUGGACCUCGCCGGCCCCAAGCCCCUAAUGGGGGUUUCAGCCAGUGGGUUGGGGGAUUGAGGUCUUUGUCCUCCAAAGAGGGUCCUGGAGGACGGUGGCUGCCAGCAGCAGCCUGUGCUGUGCUGGGCUGCCCACCCCUCUGCCAGCCUGGCUGUGCCUGCGCUCCCAGGAAUGCACCCAGCCCAAAUUCCUCAGGGAUUUAUUCCUCCUGGCAGGAAGGGGAGGCGACCAGAUGGGCUGCCCUUGCCCCUGGCCAGGAAGGAGGCAGAGAGACUUGGAUGGCCCCAGUUGCCAUGGCCCAGGGGCUUAUGACCUCUGGGACUCCCACCUUGGGUGUGGGCAUCCCAGGGGUCUCACUGCAAGGAGAUCUCAGCAGGGGAUGACAGCCCCUGAAGCCCCCCAUGCAACGGCUGCUUUGGGCUCAGCCCCACUUUGGCAGGUUGGGGCACAGGGGCCAAGGUGAGGGAGGGCUGGUAUUUAGCACCACAUCUGCUCCACUCAGCCUUGCUGCAGUGUUUAUUCUCCAGGAUGAGGCUCAGGAGCGUGACAGAGGCUGGUACCAUGAGACAUGGCCCUCUUGCUUUGGGCUGAAAAGGGCCACUGAAGCUGUGGAGGGCAGUCCCGAGCCAGCUGCUGGGAUCAAAACCCCACGACCACCGAGGCAUGUGGUGAUGCAGAGGCCAGGGGUGCUCUCCAGCCACCAAGUGCAGGCAUGAGCAAAAGCAGCACCACGUGCAGAGCCACAGGCACAGGCUCCGUGCACACAGCCGGGGCUGUGCGUGUCCCUGCUGGGGCGUGGACACAGCCACAGCCCUGCACAGCAGAACACAGGCACAUGGGCACUCACUCUCUCUCUCUCUCUCUCUCUCUCUCUCUCUCUCUCUCUGGUGCCAGACAUUGAAAGGAAAAAAAUGUGACUACCUCAAAGGUC